UACACCGUUCCGGACAACCAAUUCAACAUAUAUUCCCCACUCAGCCAGUCUCAGUUCACACAAAUUCCACAAUCAUACUCCACCGGUCCCACUCCGUACUCCUCAACUUCCGCUCAUCAGUAUUUCCAGGAUUCACCAGGAAUUCCUCAAAGACACUCAGGAAAUUUAGGACAGGUUUCCAUGAAUAAAACAAUGCUAAUGGAGCCGAUAAGCCACAAUUUAAACAUUGCAAUGGAAAAAAUGGGCAUGAAGGAAAGUAAGAGUGGAUUGCCGCCUCCGCCGUCAAUAUCGUCGUGUGAUAGCCGACCCAUGUCGCAGUGUGAGAGUCUCCAGAACAGUAGGCAGUCGGUGAUUUCCGUUCAGUUACCAGGGAAUGUGGACUCGGAGGCUGUGACCUGGAGUACCUUCAACCAUACUGGGGGACGUCUGGUACUACCUGAGUCAGGUGUGAUGCUGACCGUUCCAGAAGGGGCCAUCCAGAAGGGCCACGUGGAAGAGCUGUACAUGGCCGUCUGUAGGGACGACAAGGACAGGCCCAGACUGGCAGAACAUCAGACUAUCCUGAGUCCAGUGAUCCUGGUGGGUCCACCCAGCGUCCAGCUGAUGAAGCCAGUGGUCAUCUCUUUCCAGCACUGCGCUAACAUGCGCCAAGGAGGCUGGGUGCUCUCUGUCUACAAAAGUGAAUCUCCGAUUGAUGAGCCCCCUUACUGGGCGAGAGUGGUUGUUCUUGGCCACGAAGGCAUCAAUUGUCCCAUCUACACACAGCUGGAUCCAAACCAGUGCCAUGUGAUGACGGAGUUCCUCAAUCGCUACACGCUGAUCGGAGAAUCAGUGCCUGGGGGUCGUGCCCUCAAGAUCUACAGAUUAGCCGCCUUUGCCCCUGCUGUGCCUCCAUCUGUUGAUUACAGCAUUCGUGUGUAUGUGGUCGAGGACACCUUUGAUGCAUUGGACGGUGUCAUUCAGGUGGAGAGAAAACUCGGUGGCAAACUUCUAGACAAACCAAAACAGAUUCCAUUCCAAGAUGGUGGCAACAACUUGUGCCUCACAAUAGAGGAACUCUCCUCAGGCUGGAGGAGCAAACUGGCUGCUAGUUACCAGGAGAUUCCUUUCCGUCACAUUUGGAGCGGAAAUCAGAAUAACCUUCACUGCUCGUUCAGUCUGGAGCUGGUGGAGAGAUCUGUCAGCAAACUUGCUUGUAAGAUACAGGUCUAUCAGAAAGCCAUACUCAGCAAUAGACAGACCCUUCUCAUCAACUGUAACCUGAAAGAUAGUUCCUCCAACUGCCCAGGAGCAAACAAUACCUUGAAGCAAAGGGCCUCGACCGUCAACACGGCCAUUUCCACUGCAAGUUCAGGCUUUCACUCGAUGGUAACCCUAGAUCCCUCAGUGCAAGUCUUCAGAUGUCCUGGUGUGUGUAGACAGAACAGUUGUCCUAGUGUGUGUAGACAGAACAGUUGUCCUGGUGUGUGGAGACAGAACA